GACAGUUUCCGGUCGCUCCCGAGUCUCUUCGGCAGCUUCCGGAAACCCGGAAGGGAGGCGGCUGAGGGUGCUCAGGUGUUUCCGGCCGGCGCGGCCAGCGCCGGUGGAGGACAAGCGCCCCAGCCGGGCAUGCGGCUACUCUCGCGAGUUCUCCGCGCGGCGCAAGGCUGCCGGGCCGCCGCGCUGCCCCCGCCGCGGAGACCCCGCGCAGCGCCGGGCGGGGGCAGGGCGGCGGGGACGCAGCCGCGCCGCGGGCUGAGCGCCCGCCCCGGCUUAGACGAACUGUUCGCCGCCCCGUCCUUACACCGCCUGCUGGAGGCGCGGGCGCAGGGCGGGGCGAGGCCGGAGCUGGCAGCGCGGAUCCAGCGGCUGCGCGACAAGGAGCGGGAGCUGUGCGACACGCGGGAGCUGGCGCGGCAAGAUGAGAGUGAAGAUUUCCAGAAGCUUGCAGAAACGGAAAUCGCCUCCUGUGAAGAAGAGAUAGCUGAACUGAAAAAGGAGAUAGUGUUGCUUUUGAUUCCUUCAGAAGAAACAGACAAGAGUGAUCUUGUCAUGGAAGUAACUGCUGGAGUUGGAGGGCAGGAAGCCAUGCUGUUCACCUCGGAGAUAUUUGAUAUGUAUCAACGAUAUGCUGCCUAUAAACAGUGGAAAUUUGAAGUAUUAGAAUACUUUCCCAGUGAAAUAGGUGGUCUAAGACACGCAGUUGCCAGUAUAGCAGGUCUUGAGGCUUACAAGUACAUGAAAUUUGAAGGAGGAGUGCAUCGUGUUCAGCGGGUGCCAAAGACAGAAAAACAAGGACGCAUUCACACCAGCACAAUGACUGUUGCAAUAUUACCCCAACCCACUGAGAUGAAGCUGCAAAUUAAUCCAAAAGAUCUACGGAUCGAAACAAAGCGAGCUAGUGGAGCUGGAGGCCAGCAUGUCAAUACCACAGACAGUGCUGUACGGAUAGUUCAUAUUCCAACAGGGAUCGUGUCUGAAUGUCAGCAAGAAAGAUCUCAAAUUAGAAACAAAGAGAAGGCUAUGCAAAUGUUAUCUGCUAAACUCUACAAUGCCAAACUGGAAGAAGAAACCAAAAAGAGAAACAGUGUUCGAAAGAUUCAAGUUGGCACAAAAGGAAGAUCGGAGAAGAUCCGAACAUACAACUUUCCACAGGACCGGAUUACUGACCACAGGAUAAGCAGAUCAGUGCAUCAUAUUGAGUCUUUCAUGCUAGGGGAAGAAAUGCUAGAUGAAAUGAUACAAACUCUGAGAGAAUAUGCUGAUUAUGAAUCUUUAAUGGAAAUUAUUUCAGAAAGUGAAAAAGAGAAUCUAUCCUGAACGUUGCC